AUGAUUGAAGUCGACGUCUUCUGGAGCUUCUCCUUCGGAGCAAUCUUCGCCGCUUGCUCAGCCGGAUCCCUCAAGACCCAACCUGUCUUCUGGUCAACCCCCUCCUUCGUCUACACCCUCCUUUUCCUCUCCCUCAUCUUUGCCCCCUCAGGCCUCUACCUUCUCUGGGACAACCCCGGCUGGGAAUCCAUGUUCCUCCUCGGUGACAAGAACGAGAUCCCUGCCAUCCUUCCCACCGUCUUUGCCUUCACCAACGUUCUUUUGGGAAUCAUUGGUUAUUAUGUUACCUAUGCAAAGAUCCGCAAGUACCGCAAUGCGCCCCAGUUGCCAAUGUCGUAUCACAAGUACUGGGUCCAUGCUUAUACUUGCUUCUGUGCCAUCUUGGGAAUGGGAUACAACAGGUUCAUGUACCCUCUGGACUAUGUCGCCUGGAGAGCUGGAUUGACGUUCCCCUUGACCGCCUUCUUCACCUCCAGGAUGUUGUUCACUCUCUUGUCCAUGGGCGUCAUCCUCAUUCCUGCUGCGUUCAUUCCUUGCUACAUCUGGAUGAAGAAAGAGACUCUCCUCGCACCCGGCGACAAGUCCCGCUUCUUCUUGACCUGCAUCUUUUACGCACUCCAAGGCGUCACCUUGGUUUCGUCCUUGUUUGGCGCCUAUAUUGUCCGCUACCACGAAAAAGCCCCCGAGGCCACCUUCUUUAGCAACCUCUCGGAUCUCUUUGACAACGGGGACAUCCUCAACAGGAACAGCAAAUGGUCCCCUCUUCUCGGCUUCUGGGUCGCAGAAACCGCUGUUAUGACGCUCGUGCUCUUGCCCAUCGUCUUUGUCCCCUCCAUCAAGGCCACCGCCAAGACUCUCAAGACUCAGUAG